GUGGGGAUCUGGAAAGGGCGGUGCUUAGCCACGCCCCUUCCGUCAAUCUGGGGGCGGGAUCAGAGACACCUUCCGCCUGUGAGAAGCGGAAGAGCUGGGCAGAGUAGACAGUCCUCCUGUCCAGCUCUGCUGCUUAUUCACAAACACCUUUUAAUGUGUUCCCCAAAAUACUCUGCCAAUGGACCCCAAACCUCGAGUGGUGCCAGAGGGAGGACGGCUAGAAUACCUGCAGGCACUGGUCACCGAGUUCCAGGAGACAGCAAGCCAAGAAGCCAAGGAGCAGGUCCUGGCCAAUCUAGCAAACUUUGCAUAUGACCCCAACAACUACCAGUAUCUCCGGGAGCUACAGGUUUUGGACUUAUUCCUUGAUGUACUGAGUGAAGACAGCGAUACAUUAGUGGAAUUUGCAAUCGGUUUUCUGCAUCUUUCUGCAACAAUUCAUUCUCUGGAUUUAGGAGUUAACAAGCUUCUUCCUUGAAGAUCUUUUCUGGAACAAAAAUCAAAAUCUUGGAUUUUAUGUAAAAAUACAAUCUCAAACAAAAAAUCAAAAUUCCUGGAUUUUAAAUUAAAAUACAAUCCCCCCUGAAGUAGGUGUUAAAAAACAUCCAUUUCGGGCAAUUAGGAACUAUGCCCAAAGGGCGACAAAAGAAUGUCUACCCUUUGAUCCAGCCAUAGCACUGCUGGGUCUGUACCCCAAAGAGAUAAUGGACAAAAAGACUUGUACAAAAAUAUUCAUAGCUGUGCUCUUUGUGGUGGCCCAAAACUGGAAAACGAGGGGAUGCCCAUCAAUUGGGGAAUGGCUGAGCAAAUUGUGGUAUAUGUUGGUGAUGGAAUACUAUUGUGCUAAAAGGAAUAAUAAAGUGGAGGAGUUCCAUGGAGACUGGAACAACCUCCAGGAAGUGAUGCAGAGGGAGAGGAGCAGAACCAGGAGAACAUUGUACACAGAGACUGAUACACUGUGGUACAAUCGAACGUAAUGGACUUCUCCAUUAGUGGCGGUGUAAUGUCCCUGAACAACUUGCAGGGAUCCAGGAGAAAAAAAACACCAUUCAUAAGCAAAGGAUAAACUAUGGGAGUGGAAACACCGAGGAAAAGCAACUGCCUGAAUACAGCGGUUGAGGGGACAUGACAGAGGAGAGACUCUAAAUGAACACUCUAAUGCAAAUAUUAUCAACAAAGCAAUGGGUUCAAAUCAAGAAAACAUGUAAUACCCAGUGGAUUUACGUGUCGGCUAUGGGGGGUGGGGGGGAGGAAAAGAAAAUGAUCUAUGUCUUUAAAUGAAUAAUGAUUGGAAAUGAUCAAAUAAAAUAUAUUUAAAAAAAAAACAAAAAAAACAUCCAGUUCAGCUCAGGACGCAAUGUUGAGUUAUGGGGGUGUAUGAGUCAAUUAUCAGAAGAAGAGAAAAAACAACCAAAAACAAAAAAAAAUUCAAAAUAGGUCCUUGUAUAGGUCCAAUUUAAAGUAAUUUCUAUCCCAUAAGUCUUUGGGACAGAAUACAAUAAUAUUUCAUUUAGCCAUUUGUAGCCAAGACUACAGGAAGCUGCCAUAAUAUAAGAAGAAAAAAAUUAGAAUUCUAUUUUGAUGGGGAAAUGUCAUUCCCUUGUCUGACCUUUUUGUUAUUCUCAGGGAUAUAGGGAGCCAGCAUGAUAAUCAAAUUUUGUACUUGUCUGAGUAACUAUGGGAACCUGCCAUUUAUUGAUAAAAUGUUAUGAGACUGUGAUUAAUGUUAAUGUAUGAUUCCAAAAAAAGGGAUAAAAAACAAGGAGCACAGACUUGGCAGGUUCCCAUAGUUUAAAGCUUUUGGGUAUGCAUUGACACUAUAGCAAGUUAUAUAUAUAUAUUAAACUUCUAUUACUGCAGGAAAAUAAUAUUAUGUGUACCUUUAGUACAAGAAAUGAGAAAAAAUCAAAUAUUCUAAUCAAAAUAAAAGAAAAGCAAUCAUAAAAAUAAAGAAAAAUUAUUAAUUCAAUGUGUUCUCAAAAAACAGCAUCCAUUUGUCUAUGGAUUAUUAUUUCCAAUGCAUAUGAUAGGAUACAGUCAAUCAGUCUCAGCAGAAGAUGCUUUCUUCACAUGUGAGCAGUGAAUCCAAGAGUCCUUUUCUCCAAUCUUUAUAGAUGUUGGAGUAGUUAACAAUAUUUGGAAUGGUCCUUCCCAUGAAGGUUGAGUUGCUCCAGUUCGCUUGAAAUUCUUGAUAUAAACUUUAUCUCCUGGGUUCAGGUCUUGCAGAGAAAAGUCUAGUGGUCCGGCUUGUACUGCAGCUCCGGAUUCAUGAAGUUCACUUAGUUUAUGCUGUAAUUCCUGUAUAUAGGAAGCAAUAGUAGUAUCUCCCCCUAAUAGUGAGGUAUAUGCAGGGGAAAAAGGUUUAGUCUGUAUAGAGAAUUUGUUGCAUUAAUAAGGUUUUGUACCUUUUGUACCAAACUGUUAAUUCUCUUUCUAGUUCUUUCUUCCAUAGAUCUCAUUUCUUUUCCAAUAUUUUCCUCUAGCACCAUUUCGCUUAUUAAAAAAAAAUUUUUAACUUUUAAAAAA